AUGGAAUGUCACAUGGCAAUCAUAGAGCAAAGGAGGUUAUGUUCACCCUCCUUAGUGGGGGUGGGGUGUACAAAAUUGCACUAGGUAGGAUCUCCUCCCAAAUUUGCCCAAAACUAGACAAUUUGACCUAAUCCAGCUACAAAUCUAAAAAGAACGUAGGCCUGAGCUGUAUUCGAAGAUUGACGGAAAGUGGGUUACGCCCCAAAGUCCAAACUUCCAGCAAAGCCAUGACGUCAGGAGUUCUUCUUCGUCCCCAAUAAAACUGAACACUUAUUCGUGUAUAUAUAUAUCGAUCGAAAUACGACUCUAUCUCAUUCAUAUAUAGCCCACCUCAUCCGCAGGUAAAAUAAACUAGAUAGCGUUGAAGUUAGAACGAGAAAAUGAAAGGAGGUAUAGAGCUGGUUUUCAUUCCCGCCCCUGUAAUGGGCCACCUUAUCUCCGCCAUCGAAAUGGCGAAGCUCCUCCUUCAGAAACGCGGCAGAUAUGAUCUCUCUAUCUCUUUAUUGAUCAUGAAACCUACCAUGGAUGCCAAGCUCAGCUCUUAUGUCGAAUCACUUCUUGCAGCCCACGAGGAACCAUCUUCGUCCAGACUGAAGUUCGUGCUUCUCUCUGCUUCGAAGGCGACGGAUAACACUAAAAAUACCACAUUUUUUCAUUCCUUCACCUCCUUCAUCGGAUCUCACCAGCAAAGCGCUAGUAAAAUCGUAAGCGAAAUCCAAACCCGUACGGGUUCGGGCGGUACAAGGCUCGCCGGCAUUGUGGUCGACAUGUUCUGCGUAGGCAUGAUGGACUUGGCCGAUGAGUUCGGCAUUCCGGCGUAUGUAUACUACACCUCCGGCGCCGCCAUGCUCGGACUUCAUCUCCAUCUCCAGAGUCUCAAAGACGACUACGGAAAAGACGUCACCGAGUUCAAGGAGUCGGACCCGGAUCUGGAAAUCCCGACUUAUUCUAAACCUUUUCCGGUAAAGCUUCUACCAGCUGUUACGCUGGACAAGACCGACGGCGUUGCGGACUUGUUUUCGGAUAUUGCAAAGAGAAUCCGGGGGGCGAAGGGCAUAUUGGUAAACACGUUCCUCGAGCUUGAAGUGCACGCACUCGAAUUUCUGCGCCAAGAAGAAGGGAGGGUCCCACCUGUGUACCCGGUGGGGCCCGCACUCAACUUGCAAGGCAAAAAGAAUGGAGAAUCUGGCGAAGAAAUCUUGGAAUGGCUUAACGGUCAACCGGAUUCUUCGGUGGUGUUCCUCUGCUUCGGAAGCGAGGGCAGUUUCCCGGAUCCUCAAGUGAAGGAGAUCGCCCACGCGCUCGAGCGCGGCGGCCAGAGGUUCCUGUGGGCCCUGAGGAAGCCGCCGCCACAAGGGGCGAUCCACCCCACCAACCUCAAUUACCCGGAGGACGUACUGCCGGAAGGUUUCUUGGAAAGGACGAAAGACAUCGGAAAAGUAGUCGGAUGGGCUCCGCAAGCCGCCGUUCUAGCUCACCCCGCCGUGGGGGGCUUCGUGUCGCACUGUGGGUGGAAUUCGACUCUGGAGAGCGUCUGGUUCGGAGUUCCAAUGGCGACUUGGCCAAUUUACGCAGAGCAGCAGGCGAAUGCGUUCCAAUUGGUGACAGAUAUCGGGAUAGGGGUGGAUCUUAAGUCGGAUUACAGAAUACCGAAAAGUUCUGAAAAAGUUCUGAAGACAGUGGAAGCAGAGGUGAUAGAAGCUAGCAUCAGAAAGCUGAUGGACCACCCUUCGGCUGCGAGGAAGAAAGCGGAAGAACUUAGAGACAAGAGUAGAGAGGCGGUCGAGGAAGGUGGCUCGUCCUUUAACUCUCUUCAAGCUUUCCUCCAUGAAUUAAGUCUUUAACAACCUCUAGUACUAGCUAGAGACUGAGCUGUCUCACAUGUUGGUUUUUUAUUUCAUGUUAUUUUCCCAUUAAUUUCCAAUAAUGUCUAACUUCAUACAUGUUUUAAGGGUUGUCUCUGAAAAUGGAGAUGUUGAUAGGCCCUUAUAUCCUUGAAUAAAUGAUCUCUCCUAGCGAACUAUAGGGCUGGGAAAUGGUUGCAAAU